CUUGAAGGGAAGAAGCAUCCUCUAUCUGCUUUGAAUCUUAGAACCUAAACCAGGGCCCAUCUCAUGGACAUUUAUUAGUGCUUAAACUAUUCUGGCUUUUUUUUAAGGAUCUGUGUCGGAUAAACAACGACUCUAUAAAGGAGACGUGUGGUGCGCCAGGAUGCUGCUACUCAGUCCGAUUUUCACUUUGACAGGAGUGGCAGUUGUUGUUCUGCUGACUUGUGUGUUGUCCUUCAAUGUGGACCAGAAGAAUAGCAUGUCCUUUGAAGGCCCUCUGGAUGACAUGUUUGGCUACACUGUGCAGCAGUUUGAGAACAGCGAAGGGAAAUGGGUUCUGAUUGGAUCUCCACAUUCGGGUCAGCCAGCCAAAAAGACAGGAGAUGUUUACAAAUGCCCCGUUGGACGGGGGGACAAUAAAUGCAUCAAGCUUGAGCUGCCAAAAAACACAACUAUUCCCGAUGUACACGAAGUAAAGGAAAACAUGACCAUGGGAACCACUCUGGUGACCAAUCCCUCUGGAGGAUUUCUGGCGUGUGGUCCUCAGUAUGGCUACAUGUGCGGCCAGCAGCAGUACAUCUCGGGAGUUUGUGCGAACGUCAGCCCCUCCUUCCAGAUCCUAAACUCCAUAGCUCCUGGAGUUCAAAAUUGUUCGAGCAAUCUGGACAUUGUGUUUGUGCUGGAUGGAUCAAACAGCAUUUACCCAUGGCCUGCAAUUGUUAACUUUCUUCUCCGCUUCCUUAAAAGCACCAGGAUUGGGCCCACCCUCUCGCAGGUGGGCAUAGUAUCAUAUGGUGAGGAUGUGGCUCACCAUGUCAACCUCAGCCAGUUUAACAACAAUGAAGAACUGAUUAAAUUUGUAAAAGAUCUUCCUCAGCACACCGGGACAAAGACUCAUACUUUCUUGGCCAUCGAUACUGCGAGGAAGGAGGCCUUCACACCAGAGAGAGGUGCAAGACCUGAUGCCAAGAAAGUCAUGGUGAUCGUGACAGAUGGAGAAUCACAUGACUUCCACCUACAACAAAAUGUGAUUUCUGAGUGUGAAAACGACGGCAUCGAGAGGUUUGGUAUUGCUGUUUUGGGAUACUACAAUCGGGAAAAUAAAAGUGAAGAAGACGUGCAGAAGUUUAUUAAAGAGAUUAAGUCAAUAUCCAGUGAACCAACGGCUGAUCACUUUUUCAAUGUUUCUGAUGAGGUGGUUUUGGAGAACUUUGCAGAUACACUGGGGAAAAAGAUUUUUGCUCUGGAAGCUACAUCUGGAAAUCAUACCUCCUCCUUUGAGAUGGAAAUGUCCCAAACUGGAUUUAGCGCCCAUGCUUCUAAAAACGGAUUGUUACUGGGAGCAGUUGGAGCAUAUGACUGGAACGGUACAGUGGUCAUGCAAACUGAUGGCACUACAAUUACUCCCAAAAAGAAUGAGUUUUACAAUCCAGAGGAGAUGUAUGGAGGACUGGCAGAGUACUUGGGGUAUGACGUACAGUCUGCUCUCACGUCUGACGGAGUGUUAUACAUCACUGGGGCACCCCGAUACAACCAUACAGGCCGCGUAGUUAUCUACCGCCUGAAUAAGGACAACAGUGUUAAAGUUUUGCAGACACUGAAUGGGGAGCAGAUUGGCUCCUACUUCGGCAGCGUCCUACAGACUGUUGAUGUGGACAAUAACUUCUACACAGACCUCCUUUUGGUCGGAGCUCCGAUGUACAUGGGUGCUGAAAGAGAUGAGCAGGGUCAGGUCUAUGUCUACAAAUUUGAGGAGGGCAAGUUUGUGCACAAGUUUAACUUACAGCCGGUCAAGCAGUCCUGCUGUACGCCCCAAUCAGAUGGCUGCUCUAUUAAAAAUGAGCCAUGUGGAGCUCGGUUUGGUACAGCCAUUGCCGCUGUGUCAGACCUCAACCUUGAUGGGUUCAAUGAUGUGGUGAUCGGCGCACCUUUUGAGAAUGACCACAGCGGAGCCGUCUACAUCUAUCAUGGAAGCAACAAUCGGUCACUGAAAAAGAGCUUCGUACAGCACAUCCCUGCAGGUGGUAAUGGACAAAAAGUUAAGUUCUUUGGUCAGUCCAUACAUGGAAUCAUGGAUCUAAAUGGAGAUGGAAUCAUCGAUGUUACCAUAGGAGGUCUAGGAGGGGCAUCCCUGUUCUGGUCAAGAGAUGUCGCAGAGCUUCAUGCUAAGAUGACCUUCGAUCCUGUUAAAAUCAACCUGCAGCAGACUCGUCCAUGUAGACCGGACAGACCUAAUGUUUGUGUGACCACAGAGGUCUGCUUUACAUACCAUGUUAAGUCGAAGAAGAAGAAGGGUGCAAAGUCAGAAACAGCAAUUCGCUACAAUAUAACUCUGGAUGCCCUGCGUUCCAAAGCCAGAGCUUCAUUUAUUGUAAACAACCCAGACAAAGUUGAUCGUAAGAUGACAAAGACAUUCAGCAUUAAAGACGGAGAGAAAAAAUGCAGGAGUGAAACAUUCUUCAUGUCGGACCGACCGGAUUUCAGAGAUCCACUCAGUGUUACUUUGGAUUUUGGGCUUGUUAAUGAGGAUCAAGGCCCUGUUCUGGAUGAAACUCUACCCAAAUCUAUCACUGAGAUGAUUCCUUUGGUGGAAUGUGGAGAUCAUGAAAGGUGCAUUACUGACCUCUCCCUCAAAGCAGAGCCAAGUGUGAAAAGCAUGCUGAUCCAAGUCAACACAAAGGAUAAGAUUGAUGUGAACAUUGACAUCAGGAACAAAAAAGACAGCGCCUACAAUACCAAGGUUGUUCUUGUCUUCACACCCAACAUCAACUAUGUGAAAGUUGAGCCAGAGAAAGAAUGCACUCUGAAUCACACAAGGGUGGAGUGUGCUGUUAGAUAUCCCUUCCUGGGCAGUAAUACUGAGGAUCACUUUAAAGUGAUAUUUGAGACGGACUCAUCACACAUACAUGAGAAAAUCCACAUCAAUGUGACAGCUGUAAGUGACAGUGAAGAAGAUCAAUCUACCAUGCAUGACAACGAUGUGCAAAUCUUAAUCCCUGUGAAAUACAAAGCUGGAGUCUUAUUCAGUGUGGAUCAUACAGAUAAACACAUAAUAGUGGAAGAUGAUGAAAAGUACUCCUUGAAAGAACCUGAUGCUUGGAAGUCAUUCGAGGAGGUCAACAUCAGCUACACGGUGGAGAAAGCAGCUGCCACCCUCACUCCAUCUCUUCAGCUCACAGUGAUUUACCCACAUCUGUCUCCUCUGGAAAAUAUCUUACUCCUUCUCACACGCGUUGUCUCCAGCAGUGGGGUAAAAUGUGACAUUCCUGAUAACCUUCCUCAACCUCAUAAAAGACACAAACCAAAAAAAGAAUCCCUCACUAGCUUCCUUCUACAAUGUGGGCAAACGACAUGUCAAUCAAUCCGCUGCUCCAUCCCAAAAACCGAUAAGAGUCAGGUCAAUGUUACCUUCACAGUGUGGAAACCUACCUUCAUUGAGGGUGAGUUUUCUAGCUUUUACAUGAAGGUGAACGCCUCACUUGCCUUCAAACACACUAAUCUGUUUGAACUGGACAGCAACGCAAAGAACAGGACUGUAAAUAUCCAAGUUUCAAAGGAAACAGUUGGAGGAAUCCCUUUUUGGAUCAUCAUCAUCAGUAUCUUGAUAGGACUGUUGAUCUUAGCCCUUGUUAUCUUUAUUCUCUGGAGGCUUGGCUUCUUCAAGAGAAAAUCCCUGGACUAUUCAAAGGAAGAGAUGUCGGAUUGAGGCAUCGACAUGUCCGUAGAGCUGCAUUAAGUCCUAACAGUUAACCAAAUGGAAGAGAUGCCAGGAAACCCUUAGACACCUCAGAGCUCUGAUAUAUGGGCCAUCAGGAUAAAGAAGAGUUAUCGCCACUCUUUUCUCCAUCGCCAUAUGUCACAUAGCGAUGGAAAACCUGUUUUCUGUGCUGCUUGAAGCAGCUGGUUGUAACAUUUUUGGCUCCUCUGUUUGGGGUCUACAUAAGAGCCAAAGACACUUACUGUAAAUCACUGUAUAUGUGAUGUAUUUGAUAUGUUUUCACCAGCCUAUUGACAAACUAGCCUUUUCCAAUAAGUGCGUACUAAUCUCUAAAAGCUUCACUUAAGAGUUAAUGAAAAAGUACUCAGGUUUUUCACCAUAAGGAUCCAAAGUUGCCUAUGUCACCCAAAGCAUUUAGUACCAAGACCAAUGAUGAAAAAUAAGAAAGAACUCUGCAUUAUUUCUUUCACGUAUGCUUUGAUUGCUCUGUUGAAACAUAGUUGAUUGAUGAAUGUUAUAAAACACUGUAUUUUUUUAAGCAUUUCUGUAACAUUUUAAUGUACUUAAGCGACAGGGCACAUCUUUUGCUUUUAAUGGGUUGCAGUGAUGAAUGAGUGUAUUUCGCGCCAGCAGAGCCUUCCCUUAUUCAGAUCUCUGAGUGUACUGUAAAUAGAAGAGCUAAUGGAUGUAAAGCUGUAAAAUGUACAGAAUUAUUUAGCAUUUAAUUUAAUGUUUCUGUAACAGGCGAUUUCGCUCAGGUGCUACGAGAAUAAGAAAAGACUGUGUUUGCUUUGACACGUUUAUAAAACUAUCUGGCUUCUGAAUUUGGAGCUUAAGCGUUUGUGUAAAUAAUGUUGUUUUGAUAAAAAAUUUGAUACGGUCUUCUGCUUAAUCAUAGACCAAUAUGAACUUCUUUUUUUUUAAAUUGAGCAUUUGAGUUUACUUGGAUGAAGUUGUUAUUUCACCUUUUUUUCCGUUUUUAUUGCAAGAUAGAUUAUAUUUUUAAAAUUUGUAAUAAAUGUUUAUCUGUUUGGGUUUUUUUUUUCAGCCCUUUAAAGAAACUAGCUGCAUGUAUUAGCACACUGUCACACCACAAUGGGGUACACAGUACGUUUUUUUCAGGUUCCUCUUUUUCUCCCCAUCCCACAGCGAAACGACAUGGUAGGCAAGAGCCUUUUAUUUUCACCUUAGUGACAAAAAGUAAAGUUAAGAGCAGGAAAAUACAGCUUUGAAAUAUUUUUAUACUCUGCAGCUCUCUCACCUUCCACAGCAGACACAUGAGGCACAGGUAUUAAGCAGUAUAUCCAGAAUGUAUGGCCGCAUCAAGGGAGGAGCACAAGGCACAAAGUGAAGGUUGUGAGCUCACGGCCAGCCGUUCACACUGCUGUGAAGUCUUCAUUAUAAUGCACUGGUUUGUCAGAGUGUAUGUAUGUUGUCAUCUGCACAAAGAUGAUCUGAACAAUAUACUUAAUAAAGAUCUUUUAUGCAGCGAAUG